AUGGCGGGGCUCAAAGUGGGAUGGCGGAACGGCGUGACAUCGCGUUUGGAGAUGCGCUCCAAACAAUACCUCACCCUUCACACCGUCGACGCCGCUCACCCCAACGCAAGCGACAUCUUCGCCCUAGCGCCCACCCCAACUCAACUCCUCUCGGCCUCUGGCUCAAGCACAAUCAACAUCUACGACACCACCAAUCCCGAGUUCCCCGUCGUGCAAAAACUAGAAAAUGCACAUCCACUGGGCAUACACCACCUGGUUACUGCGCGGGAGGCAAGGCGCGCUGCAAGUGCAGGGUUCGAGGGCAAAGUCAAGAUAUGGAGUCAGAAUGAAGAGGGCGUUUGGGGGUUAGACGGAGAGAUUGUUGAUCAGAAUAAGCCUGGUGAGAUCUGGGCGAUUGCUCUGAGUGCGGAUGGACAAUAUCUGGCGAGUAGCAGUAUAAACGGCAAAAUCAAUGUUUGGAGUACGAGUAAAGCAGAGGGUAUGCCGCGGAUACGCGAGUAUGAGACGAAAGGUAGCUUUGGGCUCUGCGUCGAUCUGAGUCGAAAUGGCAGCUUCACAGCAUCAGGCCACGAGAACGGAUCCAUCUACGUCUUCAACAACGAGAGCGGCCGUCUCGUACAUUCAUUAGCAGGCCUCGUUCACCCUGUCCGUAGCGUCGCAUUCUCCCCAGCAUCGUCGCUAUUAGCAGCCGGUGGUGACGCUCGCAUAACCGCACUAUACGACGUCAAGUCUGGCGAGCAAGUUGCCAACUUCACAGGCCAUGGUGGAUGGGUACUCACCCUCGACUGGAGUGACACUGGCGAGUAUCUAUUGUCUGGAUCCCACGACUCAAAAGCCAAGGUCUGGCGCAUCGAGACAAGAACCUGUGUGGCCACCCAUGCCCAUGGCGAUAAACCGCUCUGGACGGCCAAGUGGUUGCCCAAAGCGCCAGCCAAGAGCGAAAUGUUUGCGCUGGGUGGUGGUAAUAAUUCCAUUAGCUUUUACCGCGAAGCUGCGGGUUGA